AUGUCGGCAUCUUUUGAUAAUGUGUUCAACGGGAAAUACCCGGCCAAGUCCUACGCCAAGCGUGUGGUCGAGUAUAUUCGGACCGGGAUACCUGCUGCGACCGGCAUUAUAUACCUAGAAGGACAAUAUGAGCAGUUCUACGAAGACGUAGACGAGCUCAUUUUUUUCCGGCAACGGAGAGCCUUUACGUACUUGACUGGCAUUGCCGAUCGUGCUGGAUGCCACUUGAUAUACGACAUUGCUUCCGAUACAAUGACGGUUUUUGUUCCGCAAGAAGAUGUCGAACAAAUCCUGUGGUCAGGGAAAUCUCCAAGCUCAGAACAGGUACUCAAGCAAUAUGAUGUCGAUCAUGUUCUACCUGAUACGGAGCUUGGCUCAGCACUCGCAGAAAUCGGUCGGCAGCAGCGAGGAACUCACGCUGCUGUAUUUGCAAUCGCUGGACGUUUCCGACAAAAGUUCCACGACUUUGAGAACAGGAAUUUCGACAUCUUGGGUGAAGCUAUCGAGGAGUGUCGAAUUGUCAAGGAUGACUUUGAGAUUGCCUUGAUCAAGAAAGCAAACGAAAUUAGUUGCGCUGCACAUAGAGCUGUUCUCAAGCAAGUCAAAAACUUCAAAAAUGAAGCCGAGAUUGACAGCUUAUUCACGGCUGAGUGUAUGAGGAGAGGUACCAAGAAGCAGGCAUACCCGAGCAUCGUCGCUAGUGGAAUUAAUGCCGCCUCAAUGCAUUAUGAAAGCAACAAUCAAGAUCUCAUCAUCGACAACAAAGCCAAAGACCUAGUAUUGGUAGAUGCUGGGUGCGAAUGGGAUUGCUAUGGAUCUGACAUCACACGCACUUUUCCAUUAUCUGGAAGAUUUUCCAAGAAUUCCCGUCGCAUCUACGACAUCGUACUUCAAAUGCAACUUAGUUGUAUUGCAGCCUUGAAGGAGGGUGUCGAAUGGGAGCAAAUCCAUACCUUGGCACAUACUGUUGCCAUAGACGGUCUUUUAUCAAUCGGUAUUCUAAGAGGCAAUCCGAAAAAGAUUUUUGCGGCAAGGACCAGCACUGCUUUUAUGCCAUAUGGAGUAAGCCACUUUCUCGGCAUGGAUACACACGAUGUUGGUGGCAAGCCCGUCAAGGACGAAACGGAUCUGCUAUUCAAAUACCUUAGGGUACGCAGAAGUCUUCCUGCUGGAAGCGUGGUCACAGUUGAGCCUGGGCCUCACUUUUCGCCACAUGUCAUCCGACCUUACCUUGAAAGUCCUCAGCACAACGAGUUCAUAAACGAGGCCAUAUUGGAUGAAUGUUGGGCUGUUGGAGGAAUAUGA